AUGUGGUUCGAAAUUCUGCCGGGACUGACCGUUAUGGGCAUGUGUCUGACGAUCCCGGGCGUGUCCACUGCCCUCAUCCAGAAAUACACCAAUGGAGGAAAGGAAAAGAGAAUUGCUCGUAAUCGAUACCAGUGGAAUCUACUGGAAAGGGACAGGCGGCUCUCUGGAUUUGAUUGUUAUUAUGGGGCUAUGGGCCUGGAGAACAUAACCGAGGACGAAUAA